UCUAAGCUCCGCGCGAUAGCGCUGUUUAGUGUGCGGCCGGCCGCACUUUCAGUUCGAGCGGCGCGCUGCCCGGACCUAUCUACUCGAGUCUCUCCCUCUCGGCGAGCGCGCGCGCGCGCGAUUUUUUGAAUCCCCACUCGCGCCGCAGCUCUCUACCCUUGAUACACUCUCCCACCGCGCGCGCGCGUGUGUGUGUGUGUGUGUGUUCGUAGCUAUCGCCGGCGCGAGAAAGAGCUGUGCGAGUGCGUGAGGCCCCGCGUGUGCAGUUUCGAGAGACUCGUGCUUCCGUGCUCCGACCGCGAGCAUGUGCCGCACCGCCGCCGGCUACUACUACUUACUACUGCUCCACUAGCGCUGCUGCCCGCCUAUACUAUGUAGUGCCGGAGACUCGAGUGCAAGCACCUGUGUGUCUCUACAUCUCCGAGCGCUCGAAUAUACAGAGAAGAAAGUGACGCAAGUGCAGACUGCAGACCGGCGCGCAUCGCGGCUGUGUCGCAACGUGUGAGAGAAGCUUGUUGUAUGCGCGCGAUAUUGCACGUGUGUAUAAAAAAUAUCCAUAUACGUAUACAUACACAAAGCAGCGGCAUCGAGAAAUCAAAAAAAGAAGUGAGGGAGGAGUGUGACAAACAAUCGGCUCGAGCUCUUUCCGUUUGUUUCGCCAAUUGUUUUUUCGGACAACGGCUUUGUUUGACAAAUUUCUUAUACUCUUUCUCUCUCUCUCUCUCUCGUGUCACGUAAUUACGUAUUGUUGGUGCGCGAGUGACGACGAGGACGAAGAGGCUCCUCUUGCUGGCUUUUCGCAAUUUUAUGAAGCCACAGCCGGGACUCGCACUCUCGCGCUGUCCGGCCGAUCAUCGCCAGCUCUCCGAAUCCGCUGCUCCUGCCGCUACUGUCUUCCGGAGUCUCGCGCUAGGAUAGCCGUCACGAGGAUUCCGAAGCGACGAGUUUCGCUAGAGCUUUGAGAAAUUCCGAGCUCGCGGCGGACUCAACGGGCAACACCUGCAGCGCCGAGAGGAAAGAAAGAAGACGAGGAAGCAGAAGGGCGCAGAAGAAGAAGAAGGGGUCAGGGGCCGGGCCUGGCUCAGAGGUGCUUUUGGAUGUUAGCAGGCGCGGGGGUGGCUAGAACAGCCCCGCCGCAGGCUACGGCUCCCGAUGCCGGUCCCCAUAUCGCAGACCCUCACGCUGACCUCCACCCUCGUACCCAAGGAGGAGUCGACCAUGCCCUUCAUAGACGACGAGCUGCUCUGGUGCCCUGACAAUGACGGCAAGAUGGUCGAUCUCACCCAGUGCCUUCAGGAAAGCAGCACCGGACAGUCCGUCGAGUUCUCGACGAUGGAGCUGAACGCGCUGGUGGGCGCCCCGGCGGCGACGAGCGUCGUCUCGGCCGACCAGAGCUCAGCAGAGUCCAUGGCCGCGGCUGUUAACGGCGUCAGCGGCGUCAACGGUGUCAGUGUCGUCAACGGCGUCAACGGCGCCAACGGCAGCGGCAACGGCUCCGACGAGCCCUUCGACACCCUCGACACGUUUCUCAGGGAGCUACAGGCCGAUCUGGCCGAGGCCAGCCAGCCCACGUCCACCACUUCCUCGGGGAGUUCCUGCAGGAGGCAGAGGUACAAUAUCGCCGCAGCGAAUCCCCUACUCGCAGAAAAAUUAGCGACACCUUCGACGCAAACAUCCUCGACGCCGAUCUCUUACGCAUCGAGGGCAGAAAUCAAAACGGAGAGCAUUCAGCCGGAACAGAGUAAAGUAGACGCGAGGGAGCUGGUGCAGCGAGACCCGACGGAGAAGGAGGCGCUGGCGCUAGCCUCCGUCGUUAAAUCAGAGCCGGGCUCGAUCACGAGCAACAGGCUGCUCCACGGUAUCCUCUCGCAGCACCACCCACACCCCCAGCAUCAGCAGCAGCAGCAGCAUCACCAACAGCAGCAGCACCAGCAGCACCAACAGUUGCUCCAAAAUGGCUACGGCCGCCACCUCGGCAGCCAACAGCCCUACACCACUGCCGCCAUACCUACCACCAGUACGACAGGAAGCGGAUCACUGCCAGCGAGUCCAGCCGACAGCGGAGUCAGCGACGUCGAGUCCAGCACUUCGUCGGGUGGCAACGAGGACGCGAAUCUCCUACUCAAAGCCAGGCUCAACCCAAACUCCUCGCUGCAGUCGAGCCUCGCAGCUUCUCAUCAUUCUCAUCUCACGGCAGCGCUGGGCAGGUCGGCAUGCCACAGUCCGGGCAUGUACGGGAGCGCGGGCGGCUUCCUGCCCCCGUCGUUCCAGCCGCACCACCAGCAGCCUCACCAGCAGCAACAGCACCAGCAGCCCCACCACCAGCAGCAACAGCACCCGCAGCAGCACCACCAGGCGCACCAUCAACCUGCCCACCAGGGACCACCGCCGGGACACUACCAGGCUCACCCCCACAAUCGGGGGAGCUCGCCCCACCAGCAGAGCCACCCCGGCAUGCCCACCUCCAUGGGCCCGCCCCACCACCACCACCUGCACCAGAGCCCGAAUCUCCAGCACCUGCAUUAUCGCCAGCCGCCGACGCUGUCCGAGAGCUACAGCAGCUACGUGUCGUCGAUGUACGGCAACGCGGUGGCCGGCGUCUCGCAGUUCGCGGCGCCGUGCACGGCCUCGCCGCCCCGGCCGAGCGCCGGCUCCGGAGGCGUGCCGACGAGCGUCAUCCAGGCGGCCACCUCCUCGGUCUCGGACGAGCUCUACCUGCUGGAGCUGGGCUUCCCGCCGCGCGCCAAGAAGAGCAAGCUCAAGAAGCCGCGGCUGCCCUCCGGCUCGGGCCCCGACUCCGGGCCCGGCGGGCCCAACGGCCAGGGCUCGCCCGUCAAGCGCAAGUCCCGCGAGGGCUCGACCACCUACCUCUGGGAGUUCCUGCUCAAGCUCCUGCAGGACCGCGAGUACUGCCCGCGCUACAUCAAGUGGACGAACCGCGAGCGCGGCGUCUUCAAGCUCGUCGACUCCAAGGCCGUCUCGAGGCUCUGGGGCCUGCACAAGAACAAGCCCGACAUGAACUACGAGACCAUGGGCAGGGCGCUCCGGUACUACUACCAGAGGGGCAUCCUCGCCAAGGUGGACGGCCAGCGGCUCGUCUACCAGUUCGUCGACGUGCCCAAGGACAUCGUCGAGAUCGACUGCACCGGCGCGUGAGACAGGGCCCGCCCGUCCAGGGCCCGUUCCUUCGCUACCGCUACCGAGCCGGCCGCCGCUGCGGUCAACAGAACCUGCUGGCACGUGCCCCAGCUGAUCGUCCCCUAAAGACUCGACGGACCCCCGAGCGAGAGCUGAGAGAGUCGGAGGGAAACUCUCGGCGCGGUACCACUACCUGAUCUGCGCGCCACGCGCCCAUGCCUGUCGCUCUCGUCGCGGAGACUGCGGGAUCGCUCGACCGACGACCGACCGACCGAGAUUUUUUCUACAUCCGUGAGAGAGAGAGAGAGAGAGAGAGAGAGAUUCAGUAUUAGAGUGGUCUCUUCAGAGUUUUUAAAUUUUUUUUUUAGACACGUACACGCAUUGAUGGCGUUUAGCUCCCACAGAGAAGCGCCGCUCAAUUAUUAUAUAUCGGUUGUUGUUGUUGUUGUACAUGAUGCCGGAUCUGCCCAAAUCCGAUGCUCUCCUCCCUCCCGCGUCGAUCUGCUGCCGAGCGACGCGAACUGCUAUACCUAUACUGCCCUUUCUCAAGAUUUUGUACAAAAUUACCUCGAUUCAAGUGCGAGCAACGGCCGGCGUGAGAGGGCACGAGGAGAUGCCGCCCGGAGCGGGGGACACGGCGACGCGCACGGAGCGAGCCUCGUCAAAACAAAUUUUACUUAAACGUUUAAAAAUUAAGGAUUAUAUAUUAUAUAUAAACGUGUAUAUUAUAGGGAAACAAAAUUUGUACAUUUUUUUCAACGAACCUGGCAAAUUAUUUAUAUUGUACAUUUGUAUCCGAGACGACGGGAUGUUGUGCGAGAAGGAUAAGAAAAACGCAAAACUGUAACGCGCGUACCUAAACCCCCGGGAAAUUUCCAUUUUGGAGUCACUACACGUUGGCUUUGUAACGCGCGGAUAUAUAAGAGUCGGACGAGCGAGGAAGUUAUAUGUGUGCGACGCGAAUCGAGGGCUGUGAAAAAAAAAUAUAUAUAUAAAAUAAUACAAACGAACGACGAGACAAAAGAGGAAACCACGUUGAGAGGAGUGGGUUUAGGUCCGACGCUUUAUCAUACUAACAUAGACGUUCUAGAGCGCGCUCGCGCGCGCACUUUUUCGAUGGGGUGUGUUUGAUAUACGAAAACCGUUCGAGUACGAGGAAAUAGUUAAGAGACGACGAGAGCUCACACACUAUAUAUUUUUUUAUGAAUAAGAAUUGAAGUGGCAGUUGUUUUUAGUUGUGCUGAGGUGGUGAUUAAGGUGCUGGCUAUUAUGAAAAAAAAAAUACACACACACUUACACAAACACACAAAAGCACGUACACUCGCGUACACACUUUAUUACACACGAGGUCCAAGAAUGUUAUUUAGCGUCAUAUAGUGUUACUGAUUCGUAAAAGAUUAUUGAGGAAUAUAGUAUAUAUCUUUGUACAUAUAAAGUAAAUAUAUAUAUUAUAUAUAUAAAUACUAUUGAAUAUUAUAUAUAUGAAUAUAUUAUAUAUAUAAAAAUAUAUAUAUACAUGCAUAUAUAUAUGGUACGUUAUGUAGUGAAAUCGCGCGAAUUGUUGUGUCUCUGUGAGAUUAUGUGUCACGUUGGAAGGGAAGGGUGCUAUAGGCGAGCCGUGUUAUAUGUGUGUUUAUCCUGACGUUGCCUUCUCUGGUUAUCAAGACUAUAAGCUUUAUACCUACAACCGACCGUCCAUCUCUUUGCUAUGUACACGUCUAUCAUAGUUUCCAAUUGAUUCCGCUGCAUUAAAUAUACGUUCGAGUGCGCACAGCGAACCAGCUUCCACACUAUACGUACUUUUAUACUUAAUCUGUGAAUCGGAGAAAUCUGAUCAAAUUGCAAACGACGGCGCGACGACGACGACGGCGACUCUAUAGACACAGGACGUAUUUGUAUAAGGCAAUGACAGCGUUAAGCGGUGAAAUGUAGAAAAGUCGCCCUUCCUGUGCCCAGGGUGUAAAAAUAAUAAUAGUAAUAAUGAGAAAUCUUAAUUUAUUAACGCUCUGGGUCGUGAUGUAAUAAUGCUUGUGAAUUUCAGAUCGAAGAUUCUCUUUUGUAAAUAUUAUUGAGAUGAGUAAAGUUGCGUUAAGUUUAAUUAUUAUGUUUAGUUAUCGUGUAAGGACACAAAGUAAUUCGACGGAGAAGUAAUCGAGAACUGUGAAAAUGUGCAGGCGUAUACGUGCUGUAAACCGGGAAUGAAUGAGCGUAAGAAUGGAAAUUUAUCGUUAGACUCAGCAGUGCUCUCUGAACAAUUUAUAAACUCGAAAGGUAGCCUUGACAUUUUUUCAUACAAAAAGAGUGGAGAGUGGAUAAUGAAAAAAAAGAACUCGCAGAAAGAAGAAAACUGAAAAAUACAAUAAAUCACAGUUAUCCAGUGCUGCCAAUAAUGCCUGUAACAGUUCCCGUGAGUCGCUCGAGCGCGCGUAACGAUAGAGAAAACCUACACGUUUUUUUGUACAUUGUAGUCCACGCAAGAGACGGCCCGGGGACUGCAGACAUACCGAUGAUACAAAACAAAUUGCCUUUAUGCAUUAACAAAACGUUGCCUUUUAACAGAAAAAAUAUUUAAAAAAAAAAUAAAUAAAGAGGAUUACGGAUUAUAAAGACAAACCGAUACAAAGUUUAAGCGUCCCACUUGUUCUAAUAAUUUUAAUUCCCCCCCCCCGCCCGCCCCCACCCCGGUACUUAAGGGAACAAGCAAAAAUCACAGAUAGAAAAAAGAUUUCACACCGUCCUUUUUCUAGGUCGAUUCUCCGUACGACUUUAUGCGAUUCAACAUUGUACGCGCACGCACACACGCACGCAAGCACGCACGCACGCACACUUAUGUACGCGUACAGAUGCGCGCGCUCGCGUUCGAAACGGAGAGUUCGCUCGACGCGACGAGGGCUUCUUUAUUCAAGCGAGCGUUGGUCGCGUCGUUGUGUUUUUCGUCCGUAUAUAUGUCAUAACGAGUGUAACAUCUUCACGCCGAGAUAUCCGACGAUGUAUAUGGAGGAUCGUUUAAUACUUGUGCAUUGUGAAUCCGCGACAUAAGUACAAUAUUGUAAGAAAAGAAUGUGUAACUUUGUUAAUUAUUACGCAGCUUCUAUACACACCUACCACACACACUUGAUGAAAUACCUUUAUGAAAUAUGACCGGACACACCACAGCAGAAGUCCUAAUUUUAGGGGAAGUAAAUUUACAUAUACAUUCAUAACAUUUGACUACACUAGAAAAUAAUUUAAAGAGUAAGACUCUGUUAUAAUAGGGAUAAAGUAUAUGACUAUUUACCUGUAAAAUAUAUGAAAUGCGAUGGAUUGACAUAAGGAACUCUAAUGUAACGUUCUGUGAUUCGUUGUUUGUAGGUGAAAUUUAAUAAAAGAUAAUGUAUGAUAAAA